GCACACACCGCGUAGGGUGCACAAUACUUUUCGGCCACACAGCAUUCAUAUUCAUAUUAUUAUAUUUUUGUAUACAUAAUAAUAUACAGAUAUAAAUUAAUUAAACAUACCUACACCAAACGCAUUAAACAUUAAAUAACACACGUAAAAGCCGUUCAGUGAAAAAAAAAAAAAACAAUAUUAAUAUGUAUUAUUCUACACCUUGAGAAACGCGAAAAACCCGCCAAGGCCAUGGACCACCAUUUGCAUUGGAACGAAUGGUGCACGACCGUCGACCAGCAUGUGCCAAUCAAUCUGCAAAACUACUUUUGGGGUUUGACCAGUGCAUUUAUUCGGCCAAAAGUGGGGAAAUUACAUGAAAAUUCAUGCCUGUUUUGUCAACACGUGCACGGUCAUCACGAAAUGAAAGAAGCAUGCAAGGCCUUUGAACGAUUACUAGUCCAAGACAUACGAACCGACGUGCCCGAUCCGCUUAAAGAAGAAAUUAAGACGUUGAACAGAUGGACCAUUAUCCAAGCUUCGCUUCCCCAUCUUGUUCACUCGGCCGCCGCCAUUCUUCAAAACCGAAAAGGUACCAACAUGCAAUACAUCGGCGCCAUCGAAGCGAAACUGCUGCAUAUCUUACAUUGGAUUUUGCUGGAAGCUCCAGACGAAUGUGCCGACUCGGAUUACGAAAGAGGAACGUUUCAGACUUUACCACACUAUUAUCUUUACAAUAUACCUGCGAUAACGCUAUUCAUCUACCUGCUCGCUCCGCUGGUGAACCAAAUGAAAGAAGCCGAUUUGUUGAACAACGGUCUCGAAGGCGGUUUGAAACUGUGGCAAGCCCUUUGGGAAAACCGAGCACCGAUCAACGCUUGUUUCACAGCCCAUUGUAAACCCAAACCGAAAUCGAUAUGGUACAACCUGAAACAGUUUUCACAAGAAAAACUUAGGAGUCAGGACUACAGCAGUCGCACGAUAUCGGGUAGCUCGACCCACGCUAACGACGGGUUCAACAAAUCGGUCGAAGAAGAGAUUUGGGUAACGUCACCAAAAGACAAGUCCUUUCCCGAGACCAUACCGGAAGAGAGUUCCAGCACCGAAGACGAGCAAGUGGUUAUUUUUCAUAUUCCUCCGUGCGAAGAGUACAACGGCAACGUCGACGACGAAUUAUCAAACAGUUAUCCGGGAAAACCGAGUAUUUAUCAACUGCCCGUCAGCAAAUCGGAUCCCUUGUAUAAUUUUGAAGAUUUCGCGGCGAUAACGUCUCCCGAAAUGAAACAACUGCAAAAGAAGAUCAAAAUAAGUCAAUCGAAAAAAAAGAGCUGUUCGAGCAAUUACAAAAGUUCCAGUAUCUUAUCGGAAGAAUCGAUCUCCGUCGACUUGUAUGCGGCUACUUUUUUGGACGUGGCGGUGAUAAGAUGUUUGUUUGUCCCUCAAUGGUGUGAAGAAGGCGUAUACUGGAGUCUUCAAUAUCUCUAUCACAGACUGCAGAGCAUUAACGAAAACAUAAAAACCAAACAAGAACCACGGCGGAGGAGUAAUUCGUUGCCGAUUCCGAAAAUCGAAGUGUCUUUCCACCACGAACCGGAUUUUCGCGGUAAAAUCGUCAAACCGAAUUAUUCCAACACCAUAGCCGACAUGGGCGACAUUUCCCCAGACAUCAGCAAAGAGAGGAAAAGAACGUUUUUCGACGAUCGAGAUUCCGCUAACGCUCAGUCCAGGCAAUCUAGCGAGCGAAUUAAAAAGAAAAAGAAAAUAGUCGAUUUGAAAUCGUUUGUGGGCUGUAAACUAUUGUCGAAGUCCGAGAAAAACCUCCAGAAGAUGGAUUACAUCAACGACGUGAUGAUGCUGGAACAGCAAAACCGUAAUUCCGUGUUUACAAGUCAAGAACUGUCGAACCCGUUGAUGAAAAAACUAGAAUUCUUCUUUCAGGGCAAUAAAACCACGACGUUUCUGAACAGAGGAAAAAGUCUUCCGAGUCUAAGGGCUAACGACAUAAAAAACGUAAAGAAUUUCAUGAAUCCAAUAAUCACCAUAACGGAAGAUUUGGACGCUACUUCGCCCGACAUAAAUUAUUACAAAGCUCGUUUUUUUGACGAGUUCCAGUUCGACAAUUUUUUCCCGCAAGCCAAUAAGCUCUCCAAAGACUUCCAUCAUUCGCCUUUGACCAGAUCUCAGACCGAUUCCAACAUAACGUACAUAAGCGAAGAAAUAGCCGAAGUGCCGGGCUCGCAGAACUUCAUCACCAAAGACGGCGACGUCGACUACGACGUCGUGUUGAGGGCUAUUCAUUUUUCCGUUUAUCAACUGAGCACCAGCAAAACGUUUAGGGUUUGUGAGGUAAUCGUCAAUUUGCUAGAACUGCUUUUGGAUUUGGGCAUUCUGAACCAUUCGUGGACCGGAGACGUUUCGAAAAUGUCCCAUAACAAUUUAUACAGCAUUAACAACGCCUGUUCGGAUUACUUGUCGCACUUUUCGUACAGCAAACCGAUGUCGGCGCACGCUCUUGUGAUGAGCUCGCUUAUCAGAGUGAUACAGAACUUGGGAUGUCCUCACAGCUGUGGCGAAGGCCAUAGGGGACCGCCGGCCAGUUUCGUACGAACCCAGUGCCAGAUAAUGCUGAACCGGCUAAAGCAGUCCGACAGAAAACAAUUUUCCAACUAUCUGAGGCAUUUCGUGAAAACCAACUCGUUGACUUAUGUAAUCAAUUUCGUCCAUUCAUACAUCGGGUUUUGUAUCGAGCCCGCGCUGACGUAUUCUCCCAUAUAUAACAAAAGAAAAUCAAUCGAUACAGUUUCUCAACUCAGCGGUUCUCCAUCGGGCUAUGGACCUAUGAACACGGCUUGUUGUCGCGCCAACGAAUACCACGUUAUCAGCGUGAUAUUCAGAAAUCUAAUAUCCAGAGUUGUUUGUACAUUUAAAGAGCUGAGAAGUUCGGAAAACGCUGACAUUUACAGCACGUUGAGGUUCUUGAUUGCGUACGUCAAAGACAUGCACCCUUCUGUGUUCAAACGAGCCAUGUUAAGCGGUUUAAUCGAUACAUCGUACCAUAAAGACGGAAAACAUUGUAACGUACAGACCACGCGUGUAAUAAGGCAUAUACCGUUGCACGACCACGAGGAACAUUCCAAAUCCAUUACUGAACCUUUUAUCAUCGACAAAGUGAACAGGAAACUAUUGUUUAAAAAGCGCACUACUUCGACCAGUUAUUCGAAUGCUUUUGAAAAUCAAAUCAGCGAAGACAUUAGAAACCAGGUGGCGUUGAUCAAUUUGAAGAAAAGAAAAAACCCGAUGACUUCGAAGCCGAGCGAAGGAAGUAUGCAGUGUCCGAAGAAAUCCUACUCCGAACGUCUGCAAAUCAGAGAAAUCGUUAACUGGAUUAGUUCAAAGUCGAGCGUUCACCAAUGUCGUGGCAGGUCACAAGGCAUGAGUUCUUCGUACGACUCUUCGUCCGACGUCGGUUCGCUCGUGCGGCAAGCGGCGAAUUUACACCAGUCUUAUUGCAGAGGAUCGAAAAAGAGUAGUACCGGAAUGUCGUCGACGUUUAAAAAGACCAAAAAGCGAAUGGGACACCAACUGAACAAAUACAUGUUCCGCAAGGGCAGGAAAAAAGACAAGAGCACCGACGAUUCUCAAGGCAGCUUUAUGAGUCGCCGCGAUUCGUUGGACGACGGCGACCAUCCUCAUCAGUCUGAAUUCGUCGUGUUGAAAGAAAGGAAAUUGGUGCAGAUCAAACAGCUGAAAUUGGGCAUCCAACGUUUUUCCGUCAUGAUAGAAAUGUGUGGCCCGGGCACGGUGCCCGAUGCCAAUUUGAUAUCUGCGGCUUUCGAUUUGCCAAACACUCCGGUGCUGGCCAGGGCGGCUUUUCUGUUGGAGUGUUGCCAUUACGUCCAUUGUUGCAACAAAGGCCAAUGGACGACGUGGGCGAGAUCGACCAGACCUUCGGCGUUGAAUUUCAAGACGUCGACCCUGUUGAACGGGCUAAAGAAAACCGCCAUGGUGCAGCAUAACGCGGGCAAACUGUUCCGGCAAUGGGGCGAGAUAAUUUCUGCACGCAUCGACGAAAUGAUGGCCGACGACCUAAAGCAAAUGCCUCAUGUGUUGUCUCUCAUCACCAACGAAUCGUAUCAGCGAGACCUGCAGACCGAAGACGAAGAAGAAGACUUUUUGGACGAAACUUGUGGCGUCACCCGGACGAUGAACUGUCCGUUGGUGUUGCGAAUGGUGGCCUGCAUGUUGUUCCUGGAGAUCACCUCGUACUUGCGGGAGACCUACAGGAGUCGGCCGAAAGCCAGGCAAUCAAACACUUACACCACGUUGCCAGUCGCAUCCAGCACUUGGGACCGGGAACCCCGGCAAUCGCACAGCCGGGAAGGGAGACGGUGGUCUAUGGCACUGUCAUCUAUGGGCCAUUCGCAGGCGUCCGCUCAGAGUUUACAGUCCAUAGCUUGCGACAAAGAUACCGAAAUGGAGAAAAGCGGAAAUAACGACCUUCCGCAGAGCCAUUUAAAACCGGAAGAGGACGUUAGUCGAAAAAGUAGCAUCGUGGUCGCUACCACCGUGUUGACCAAACUCCGCAGACACGCUAAACUAAUUAAAGAAAAGCGCGCUGCUCCAGCCGAUAAAGGGAAAACGUGUCUGAAGAGCAAAGACAACGAACAGCAGAACAAAAAUGAAAAUACCAAUCCAAACGUUCACUUCAACCAGUGGGACGAGGGUGGACCUGCGACGGUCAUCGACGAAAAAAAAGCCAAGUCUUCUGGUGGUCAACCGACGGCGGGUGGAGCACAACAUUUUUCUCAGAGAAGAGGCACGGCCGGUUCAUUCAAGCGGUACAGUUUGAAAUUGCGUCGGAACACCAAGGAAGGCAUCAAGGAGAUCUUGUCGUCCGACGGCGAUUACCGGAGCGACACUUCGGAAGGAUGCGGUGCGGCCAUUGCGGGCGAGGCGAGCGGUGAAGAAGAGUCGGCUGCCAUGUUGAGCGACGACCACAUACCGGUCAGCCCUUGCGACAGCAACGAAACCGACGACACCACUUACUUCAUGCCCUGGUUAAAGUCGGUCAUACAAAUCAACAAGACAUUCGAUCACAGUUGCACUCACCAGACGUUUUGUCAUCCGCUUUGCUAUAAACGGCACAUGCGGGCUUGUUCGAGGCUCGUCAAAGCCAUGAGAAAGUUGUACGGCGAAGAAUUUGGAUUGAUGAGUUCGUUGGAACUCGACUUGGAUUUGGACGUGUUGAUAAACACAACGAAAAUCGAUAUCAAAAAGAACGUGCCAGUGACGAGCAGUCAAACGUCGCCUAACAAACGCAAAGACAGUUUCGGAAGAAUCGAAAACACAAGUCUUUUGUACAACAUCGGCGAAAGCAUUUCGACUAGUAAAAAACUGUUGUUGAAGUCUGAUUCGAAAAUCCACGAAAAGAAGGACAGCAAAAACCCGAAAGAGCCCAAGAACGACCCACCUAUAAUUUUAAAAUACAUAAAAAACCAAGUACACGAUUUGUUCCACUGUUCGAUGGCGUUAUUGAUCAAAGCCGCCGUGGUGCUGACGGAAGAACAGGUUUUGGACAUAUUGCCAAUCGCUUGGGAAUACCUUUUGGACUCCAACCAAGAAUUGGUGGCCGCGUCUUCGACUUUGUUCAUAAUAACCGCGUACAAAGCACCGCAGAAGUGCAUCGAACUGAUGAACAAUAGUUUCACCGACCGGGAUAUUACGGUCAGGGCAAACUCUAUUUUGAAGUUUCACGUGUUGUGGAAGAAUCGGUAUCAGUCUUGGCCGCGGAUGGAAGAAGGAGCACAAAAUUUGUUCCGGAUCCCUCCACCAGGCAUUGAGUUCACGCUGACUUCGCCAAAAAUCGGUAUCGAAUUCUUGCCGACCGUCGACCCGCCUUGGAUGCCUCAAGUGGAGACCAAAGUGGAAGAGGUUGCCAUCGGCCAAGACACGCACAGGUCUUUGGUGACGGCCACGAAAACCAGGAAGAAACAACAGACGGAACUGAUCAAAAUGGCUCUGGAAGCCAAAGAAGACCAAAGGCGCAACGAACGCGAGAGUUUUUUGGUCACGGCCAUUCCCAUCAACAGUCAGGCGGCACACGAGCAGAGCAUGCACCACGGUCUGUCGGAUCCCGAGUACGACGAAGAAACGGACGAACACGAGAAUCAGGCACGUGUCGUCACACAUCAUUCGGUUCCCUCCGUCACCAUGCUCUUCCCGUCGGUCCUCUGUUCGGCCGUGGUUGACAUCGUGGCGUUGCUCAACGAUCCGGCCGUGACGGGCGACGGUACGUCAGUCUGCGAAACCGCUUACCAGGUUAUUUGGGCUUGCUUGGUUGAAGACUGCAACCUGUUUUUGCGCUUCGUGUUCGAAAGGCUGACACGCGACAACCAAGAGAAAAUGUUCAAGUUGCUGCGACACCUGAUACGGUUCGUGCCAAAACUGCCCCACCAGGCGGCGUUCACCCUGUACAACUACAUCAUCGGCUACAUAAUGUUCUACGUGAGGUCGCCGCACGAAGAAGGCCAAGCAAUGAUCGGUUCAGCUCUGUCGAUUCUUUGGAUGGUUGUCCACAGUGUACACGGUAUCAUGUUUAAAGACCUAAAGCAAAUAUUGCGAAAAGAACAAUGCGAUGGAUCCAUUCUGCUGACAGCCAACGUGCCUUCGACGAAGAAAGUCGUCGUCCACGGUCCUCAGGAGCAAAUGUCCGGAGGAAUCCCAUCGCAGUUUCCCGUCCAAGAAGACACGCAGUUUUUCCAAAUCCUCAAAGAAUCGUUGGAUUUCUUUGGGAUACCCGUAGAGCGACAAAGAGAAUAUUUCCUCGUCAACAUCAAGACCCGUCAAAUCCACAACCCCACGUCGUACGUUAGGGAUUAUUAUUUUUUCAAACGCUCGCAGUAUCCGCAGCUGGAACUCAUUCAGAUGGAUCUCGUCGAAGCGUUCGACCAGUUGCAGAGCCAAGAAGUCAUUCACAAGUUCAUGGAGAUCGGCAAAGUACUUUUGACUUGGGCCAUAUUGAAAAACGUCGACAUGGUCGUACAAAGAGUGGUGUUCUUGCACGAGGAGUUGAUCAAACUGCCGUCGUUUCCCAGGAAAGCAUUGGAAGCCGAUCUGGAUUUGUACAAAGGAGGCAGCAUGGGAAAGGAGCUGUUGGGACUGGACUUAUUGCACAAGUUCAUGUGGGUUCGGUUGAUAGCCCGAAUGUUCGAAGCCAUGGCCGGCAACUUCGCCUACUCCGGUGAUAUACACUUGUUCUUGAACGUUUUGAACGGAGCAGUGACGUUGCAUAGUGAAGACUCGUGUAUUUUGCGCUACGUGAUGGCCACUUAUAUAAACGCAGCCCGGAAUUUCAAGAAUAUAUUUUCCAGCAACGGAUACUUGCUCAUUAUACCGACGCUGCUUCAGUUGUACGCCAGCCACCACACCAACAAGAUCGUUACCCGGUCCAUCGAGUACACCAUCAAACAGUUCUAUCUGAUGAACCGCAAACCGUUUAUACUGCAAAUGUUCGGCAGCGCUUCGAGCAUACUAGACUUGGACGACGCUACCAAUACGGGAAAUUCCAACAAGGUGGAAGCCAAUUACUUUUUCAAGCUGAUACUAAGCUUGGAGACGGUAUCGCACGACCCAAUACACAUAAGCGAGUUAAUCAAGGAAGAGAAACCGCUACAAGCCGUCGACUUUUGUUACCAAGACGAAGACGAAACCAUUACCGUGCAAGACUGCACUUCGUUGUGCGUUAUGGUCAUAGCUUUUUCGCCGGAAACGUUGCGGUCUUAUCAGAUGCUCUUGAUAUUGGAAGCGAUUUUGCCGUGCUACCUGAAACACAUACAGCAGCCAAAGUACCGGGAAAUCGAACGCGACGUCAUCAACCAGUUGAUCACAUCCAUAAAAACAUUGAUCAACAAUAGCGAGGCGUUGUCCAAACAUUACAACGGUCCGCAAAAAACCAGCCCCGAACCCAAAGACUCUAGCCAGCGAAAUUGCAGCAAGGGGUUGUGUUCGCCGACCGGAGGCGGAGGCGUCGGUGGCAUCGAAACCAAAGAGAUGGAGUCCAAUUCGAAAAUGUUUGCCGAACGCAAAUCGCACAAAACGCCGUUGGAAAGGGACCUGAUCGACUGCGAGAUACAAGUGGAAGAGAAAUACGCCGCACUGCGAAACGAGUUCCGGCGGACCAGGGACGUUCUGUUGUCUGUUGUUACGGAUUUCGUGGUGAUAUGCCACGCCAGGCUGACGGAACUCAGCAGGAAGUAUCCGCAAGAGGGAAAGCCGUUCGACAUCCUCGACACUAGGAUGCAAAUCAGACUCGGCGAAGUGGCACAUAGUCUUUUGAAGGUAUCGCCGUACGAUCCGGAAACGAUGUCUUGCAAAGGUUUGCUUAAAUACAUGACCAACAUAUUGCCCAUUGUGGAUUGGGCGGCAGAACCGCUGCGGCCCACUCUGUUGGGCAUACUCAGGCGAUUGGACAAGACGUUCAACAAGAUCUACAAAAAGCCGUCGAUCCGCAGAUACACAGACUGGUUUGCCGCCGGAGAGCUGAUCAAAGGCGUCUACGAAACGCUGUCCGAGCACCCGUUCAUCGUGCACAUACCACACUUCAAAACCCUCGUUUCCACUUGCCAAGGCAUUAUCGUAGGCGAAUCAGGUAGCUCAAGCACAACGGCUGGAGAUAAUUUUCAGACGGCCGCCAUUCCCGUGGAAACGCCUCCACCACAUUUUUGCGCUAUCGUCAUACGAUUGCUGGCACUGCACAUAUUAGCUAUAGGGGACAAUUACACGUUGGAACAGUCGGUCGGAGGUAUGGCCAACAUAAUGUCGUCGCAAGUGAAGACCGAGAACUUUCUGAUGAACUUGUUUUUACCGCUUUGCUUCCGAGUGGGCAUCGGCAAGAAAGACAUGCACUGCAUGAGAUCCUGCGACAUCAAAUUCAUGUUGUCCGUCGUUUUGAAUUCCAUGAGCCCGCCCGUCAAGACCACGUGCCUGACUUUCGUGCAACUCGCCAACGUCAAACAGUCGUCGGACCUGCGGACCAAUUCGUUCACGUUCAACAGGGACUCCAAGCCGUCGCCGACCGUGUCGAAAUCGUUUUUCAAAGUUUUGUUUCUAGCUAUGAAAAUAAUGCUGGUGUGCUUCGAACCCGAACUGGCCCUUCAGUACCAGCGCAUCGCUCACACCGUCAAAGAGCUCAUGAACGUGCAAGACGCCAGAGCGUCGUUUUGGUCUUUCAUCGAGUUCAUCAUCGUCAACAGGUCGCCGCUGUUCAUACUGCUCCAGCCUUUCAUCUUGCAACGGUUGGGGUUCAUGUCGGUGACAGAAAUCGAGGCCAGUUCUCAAAGUCUUGUCAAAGAAAAACUCACAGAGUACACGGCCAUCACGCCGUUGUGCAGGAGUUCGCUGCUGGUAGAGCUCAUGAACGAAAUGACAGAACUCAAACAAGAGCUGGACGACCGUUUGGACGAGCAACGGAUCAGAUCCAGCAAUGGAGUGCGCAAUUCGUACGAGACUCAACACAGGCCGUCCGUAAUCAACUUGCUGCCCGGCGCGUCCAACCAAUCUUACAGCGUGUGCACCGUAUCGCACAGGGAGUCCAUAUCGAGUGUCCGGAGCAACUUGAGCGCCCAAGACAGUUCCAUCAAAACGUUGGGAAGUAUCCAAAAAGAAAUCAAAAACUCGGACGCAGACCAAUCAGAUUUGACCGUUAAACCGGACACCCGUUUGCAACGCACAAGGGCGCCAAGCCGAAAAACCUUCCGGUUCCGCAAAAGCCGCAUGGAGGUGAUACACCAAGGGAUGAAAUCACCCCGGCAGACCAGGGAUGCAACGGCUGCCGUCGAAGGGAACGCGGCCGCGGUCGACGAGAGACUGUUGCCGUCCAAGGCCGACAUGAUAUGGGAAGAGGACAGUCACAGCGGCCCGUCUAGGACGUCCAGCACGUCGGGUUACCGGGAGAACUGCAGUCUGCUGAUGAUGCCCAUGGACAGUUCGGACGAGAACUCAUCGCCGGUGCACCACUGCCUGACCAACAGCAGUUCCACGAUAAUACCCAUGGAGAGUCCGGUGUUGGCCAGAGACAGGGAACAAGACGUGGGCAGCCAGCAGACUAUAAUCACGUGUCACGAGGACACGCUGGUCUAGACGUUUUAGGGUACAUUUCUCCAAGGGCGCCCACAUGGGAAAAUUCCAGUGGGGACCGCCUAUGGUUUUGUGUAAUGGUUAUAAUUUGUUUUGUAACUCAAAGAGGAGCUAGGCUAAGGAUAGUUAUCCCCCUGUCCCUCCCUGUGGGCGUCCUUCGCUGAAAGCUUGCUAAUUUCUCUAAGCAAGAGGUUUAAAAACCGUACUUUUUAUUUAGCUAUUAUAAGUAUAGUUUGAUAAUCGAAUGAAGAAUCGUUAGGCUUUAAAACGAAAAAAAUAACAAUUUUUGAAAACUGUUCGGCAGAUACGUCGGAAAGUGAUUUAUAGUCUUAAUUUGUAAAAAUAUGGGCUUUUUCAGUUUCUCUUGACAACAGCAAAAACACUAUUGGCCUCUUUUGGACCAAAAAACAAAGAAAUUUACCACCAAAAAGUUGACAGAGCAUAAUUUAUGCGCCUUAGAAUACAUUAUUGAGUACAAUACGAGAUAAUAAGCAAACCACAGUUGGUUUUGUAAUAGUCAUGUAAAUAGAUUAAGCGAGCAAUAAGACAUUACAUUAGACAGACUAUGCUUCAACAUGUGGAUUUCAACUCGUUUGUGAACCACAGCGUUGAGCUAUAGUCUGUCUGCCACGACCAAUUAUUAUUAUAUUAUAAUGUUUAUUUCUAGUCUAAUUAUUGUUUAUCUCUAGUCUAUUCGUUGGAAGUCCACAGAGCUAUAACAAGUCUAAGACAGUUUAGACAAGUUAGCGAACUUUUCUCUCGACGAGCUUAUUACACUGAAUUUAUUUACUUAGGUAGUCCAGUUAGACAUUUUGUUUAGUUUUGAAAUUCCGUUUUUCAUUAUGUUUUCAUAAGUCGUCGACGCCUAUUGUCUUCGUUACCUUAUUUUUCGAACGAUAGAAUUAUAAUAUUUUUAGCGCAGGAUUAUUAUUAUUAUUAAGAGAAAAUUGUCAUCUUUACUUUAGGCCGUAACUAUUAAUGUUAUUAAUCGAUAAGCUGUUUUUAGGUUACACUUAGAACACUAAAACCAAACUACACUUUUAUGUAUCUAUUUUUUUACUUUUCACUCGGUUCAAAUAGUAUAGUUUUCUUCAUGGCUGGCAACCGGUUAAAAAUAAACGGUAUUUAUUAAUAAAAAUCAAAAAACCAAUACAAAAAAAAAAGGGUAUCUAAAAUAAAAAUGCAAAUAAAAAUAAUCCGGUUUUCAUGAUAGAAGUAGACAUUUUUACUGUCAGUUGCAAACACUGUUUUUUUUUGUUUAGAAAGUUUUUUACCGUAGGAUUAUUUUUUUUUCUAUCAACGUGAAAUACUGAAAUUGAGAAGAUGUGAUGAUAUUUACUUUAGGUCGUAAACGAUAUUUUAUAGACUAUUUUUAUUUUUGAAGAGUUCAAAUCUAUAAUCAUUCUAAUAGUUAUUAUUACACCGAUCAUGAUGUCUUCGGUUUUAUUUAUUAUAAUAAUUCGAGUUCUUACCGUUGUCCGUACGCCAAAAUUUGUACACCAAAUUAAUGUUAUUAUUAUUAUUACUUUUUUUGAAAAUGUCGAUCUUCCAAAUUAUAAGUGCUAUUAAAAAAAUGCUAGGUAACGCGUAACGUUGUUGGAAAAAUAAUUUUAAAGUUUAUUAUUAUUAUUAUUAUAUGUAUAUAUAUAUACUUACGGGUCAGGGUCAAUGAUUAACGUUAACUGUGUGUAACUUAAUUUUAAACUCGGUAUGUAAAAUACCGUGCGAAAUCAUUAUAAAUUACGACGAAUUCUUAUAAAAACAAAAUAAAAAAUAAUAAUAAUCAGUUUGCCUUAAAAAAAAAAAAAAUACAUAUAAGACUUAGAGGUUUUUGAUAGGUUAGUUUAAACACAGCCUGAGAGUACGGUGGCGUUGUUGCUCGGCACUAUAGUGUUAUAAUUAUAUUUUGUAAAAGUCAAGUGCCAUUAUUAAAAUAUAUUCCUUAUGUGAUUUUGCAAUGUUCUUCGAAAAAUUCUCUUUCGAGAUUUUUAGCCGUUUACCUGAUUAAUAUUAGACUAUUUUUAUUGUGUUUUGUGUAUACUUACGGAUAUUUAUAUUUAUAUAUAUGUAUAAUAUUAGUGUUUAGAUUUAGCGGUUUAACUGUCGGCAAAAUAGGGUAGUUUUUAAUCGUCGACUUCAACGAAUGCCUUUGACCGCAGUGGUUACCGUCGGGCGCACGGUCCAGUGUUGCCAACCGCAGGAGAAAUCCUCGUGAUGAGUGUGUAGUACACCAAAUAAUAAGAUGCGACUGAAUAUAAGCUGACUGUAAGUUAAAAUUUGAAUUAAAUGUUUGAAUUACCGACCCCUGGAACUAUUCUGGACCAACCGUAAGUUUUAAUUUUCUAUCAUAGUUAUUGAGUGAAAACGAUGGCUUUUCGCCGGCUAACUCGAAGGGUUUUGAUGCAAGAUUGUAUUGAUAUACAAUUUAUUAAUUUUACAUUGGGAAAAUAUACGUCUGCGUACUGGCAACACUGGGCCCGUCAGUGUUUAACGGUGACAUAAUACUGAAUAGGUUAUUUCAAAAACGACACUAGUCAUGACACUGCUAUUGUACACUGACCAACCUAACCUAACUUAAUCACACCGCAAAUUAAACUUCUUUUGCACGUUCACCUCAAAUUUAUUUACAAGAUCUGGUUAUUCGCAGUUUCAAAUAUAAUCUACCUUUGACCGUAUCUCAAUCAAUCAAUAUAAAACAUUUUGAUUGACUCGAAUGAAGAUUAAAACAAGUAAACAUUACAUCUAACAAUAUAUUUUUUUAAUUUUAACUAUCAAUAAGGGCUGAAAGUAUGUGCAUUUUUUUUAUUUUUCGAAAAACAGGCGUUUUUUAUGGUAAAACAUAAAUUAUCAGAUGACAAGUAAACAAUGUUGAUAUAUAGUAAUCCAGUUUGUAUUGUAACCGUACAAUCACUUUUACAUAGCGCUCAUUUUUUUUUAAGAUACCAAAAGUAAUAACAAUACAAUAUAAUAUUGACUUUAGGGUUUUUUUCAUUUGGUCAUUCAUACACCACAAGUUUUGAUUAAAUUUGAUUCUGAAAAAAUAUAUAGUUUUUAUAUAGAUUAAAUUAUAAGCUGUGCCUACCGAGUUUGAUAAAAUAAAAAAAUAAAUUAUUUUUGUAAACACAACUACUUACCCGUGUCGUUUUUGAAAUAUCCGAUUCAAUUGUAUGAUGAAAAUUUGGUCGGCGUUCGAUUGAAAUUGAAUUUCGCCCACGUCAAACAAUAAUAAUAUUAGGUUUAAUGAUAAUUAAUUAGUUGUACAAUUUAAAAUUUAAACCGUCCAUACGAUAAGUUAAAAAAAAAAUUAAAUUAUUCAGUAUUUAAAAAACUUCGACCAAAUUAUUAUUGUUAUAGUUUUUAUUAAAUUAUUUAUCGGUAUUAUUAAUUUCUAAUGUAAAUUUCGCACAGCGUGUGUUAUAUUGUGACGAUUUAAUAUUGCCAAUUUGAAUUAAAUUAUAUGAAAUAAAUUUGAAAUAAGCGGAAAUAAAAAAAAAAAAGCUUCGGGCUACCGUAACGUUUUUUUUUUUUUAUUUCGUGUCUUAAGUAGUCUGUGAAAUUCGACUGGGUAGUAGUCUAUAAUAAAUAAUAUAAUAGAAUUUAUAUAAUAUAAAUUAGAAAUAUUUAUCGUUCCUAUAACCCGGUAAUAAUAAUCACAAAUUAACUUAACUGGGUACUCACUCAUUCCGUCUAUUAUUAAUUAUUAUUAUUAUUAUUGUAUCGUGUACUUGAAAAAAAAAAAUUAUACACCUAUAUUUUAUUAAUUAAAAUUAUUUAUUCAUCUUACUCUUACCUUAUCGAGAAUUAUUGAUCGGUUAAACCAAACGAUCGUGUAACGAUUAGUGUGUUAAUCUAACUUAGUUGUAAACGUGUUGUAGUAUAUUUGAACUUAUGUUCGGGAUCAAUUUACUGUAUUAUUAUUAUUAUUAUUAUUGUAUUGUAUUAUUGUAUUGUUA